AAGGUACACAGUGAAUCCCCGGUCGGCUUUUAUUUUGGUGAAAGGCGUAUCCUUAACACCCUUCUGCAUGUUUGAGUGGUCCAACCAGAGGGGAUCGAAAAGGACAUCUGCAGUUAUGUCACAGUACAACAAGUCAGUGGCUGAACUGGAAACAGAUCGUGUUGGGUUUUGAAUAGCGCUUGUGUUGUAAGGGCUGUGUGUGCUGCGGUCUUAGUAGCGGGUGUAAUGUGCUUUUAUUGAUGAUCAUAGUUGAGAGAGCUGAUUGGAGGAUCAUCCAUAAAAGACCCGGCGUUUAUUUAAUGCUCCGGCGGAGCUGUUGCGUAGCGGUGCUCCGUAUCUCGCGCAUUUGUCAUUUUGUCUGAAGCAGCCUCGUCUGGGAAUAGCAACUAGACCCACCACUCUGCUCUGAUCAUCAGCCACGAUGGAGGUCCACAAGUCAGACACAGCAGCUGAUGAGGGAGACCGUGCGGCUCGGAAAUCUCUGGAUCUCAAAGUGAUCGCCGAGAAGACUGUGGAUGCGGAGCCCCAGAGACCCACGUGGGGCAGCCGCCUGGAGUUCAUCCUGGCAUCGGUGGGCUACGCGGUGGGACUGGGCAACGUGUGGAGGUUUCCGUACCUUUGCUACAGCAGCGGCGGAGGGGCCUUCUUGAUCCCUUACUUCACCAUGCUGCUCCUAUGUGGCUUCCCUCUGCUCUUCUUGGAGUUUUCUAUUGGGCAGUACACUCGUUUAGGACCAGUGCAUGCUCUCGCUAAGAUGUGCCCCUUGUUCAAAGGUGUUGGUCUGGCCACAGUUGUUCUCUCCUUUGUGUACUCUACGUACUACAAUGUGCUCAUGAGCUGGGCUCUUUACUAUCUCUUCCACUCGUUCGGAGCCACGCUUCCCUGGAUGUCCUGCAACAACACUUGGAAUGUCGUCGGGAACUGUUCCAGUGGUAUCCAUGGCAAUGUCACCCACCUGCAGUCUGCCAGUCAACAGUUCUUUGAUCACAAGCUCCUGCAGAAAACUGAUGGCAUUGAAGAGGCUGGUGGCAUUCGCUGGGAACUCUUUGGCUGUCUUGUUUUGGCCUGGGUCAUUGUGUACUUGUGCAUAUUUAAAGGAAUCAAAUCCACUGGCAAGGUUGUGUAUUUCACUGCUAUAUUUCCAUACUUCAUUCUGUUCGCCCUGCUCAUCAAUAACCUGCAGCUUCCUGGAGCCAAAAAUGGCAUCCUCUUCUUUGCCACACCUGUCUGGAGCAAACUCUUUGAAGUGAAGGUUUGGGUUAAUGCAGCUGCUCAGGUGUUUAACUCCAUUGGAAUAGCAUUUGGGUCCAUGAUUUCGAUGGCUAGUUACAACAAGUUCAACAACAACAUUCUCAGGGAUGCUCUUAUCGUGGCCACUACCAACUCAUUCACUAGUAUCCUGGCUGGCUUUGUGAUCUUCUCAGCCAUUGGCUACAUGGCUCAUGUACACAACCUCCCAGUGGACAACAUAGCCACAGGUGGACCUGGUCUUGUGUUUGUCGUGUACCCUGAGGUCCUCUCAACUAUGCCCCUCUCCCAGCUGUGGGCCCCUCUGUUCUUCUUCAUGCUGCUGUGUCUGGGCCUCGACAGCCAGUUUGCCACAGUUGAGGUGGGUGUGGCGUUUGUAAAAGAACAGUUUGGACCUAAACUUCUGCCAUAUCUGAAAAGAGAAGAGCUGAUAACCCUGGCUGUGUGUUUCUCCUGCUUCAUCUUGGGAAUUCCUCAUAUUACUAAGGGGGGUAUCUAUGUGUUCCAGCUGUUGGACCACUACACCGCUAUCGUUUCCCUCAUGUUCUUGGCUUUCUUUGAAGUCAUAGCUGUCUGCUGGAUCUUUGGUGUCCGACGUGUCUCCUUAAUGAUCAAAAGGAUGCUUGGGAAAACUCCAAACAUCUACUUCCGCGCCUGUUGGCUGGUGUUCAGCCCUGUGUUGGUGAUGUGCAUUCUGAUCUCCAGCAUUGUCCAGUACACUCCAGUUCACUAUGGGAAGUACAAUUACCCGCUGUGGGCUGAAUAUGUGGGCUGGUGCAUUUCACUUGUCUCUAUAGUGUGGAUCCCAGUCUGUGCCAUUCAAGAGAUCUGCAGCACCAAAGGCUCAUUUCUUCAGAGACUGAAAACAGCUGUGACUCCGACAAUAGACCUGGAUGCUGAUGAUCCUUUACCAGAAAAACAGGCUCUAGACCAGCAGGAGUCUGAAACCUUGUUCACUUCAGGGGUAUGACCAGAGAGGAGGCCUAGGCCAUGUAUCAAAACCACUGCUUGUGGUACAGCUCAUCUUCUAAUGAAGACUGCUGUUUAGUGAUGUGUUUGAACUGUAUUUGAGAUACAGUCUUUAAGUUCUGGUCAUAAAAUGAUUAUUUUAUUCUAUUUGUUCUACCAAAGGAUGGGUCUUUACUGUACCUUAGGCCAACUGCAGUGUUUAAUACCUAAACCGCUUAUUCUUUGCAGUUAACUUUUGCACCUUGUACAUAGUGUGAGACAUUUUGUCCAGCGAUUAAAGGUUAAUUUAAUUUGUUUUAGGAAGAAGUUGACAUGUUCACUUCCUGAGCGGGCAUGCUUUACUUCUAACUAAAGGUUAAAAUGUUAAGGAUUAUGUCCUUCACUUUGAUGGAUUGAUAGGUAUGCGCAUGCAGUGAGAUCAUCUAAUUAAUGUCAGAGAGACAUGUUGUGAAAUGGAAGCGUGCAAUUUUAUCCCUGAGCAGGUUACACCACUUGUUUCGAAGCCCGAAAAGAAGGGAGCUGCAAACACUAGUGCUUCAGCCUUUGAGUUUUGGCCUGCUAUUAUAAAAAACAAACAAAAUCAGCGCACAACACAGCAGGAUGCACACUGCAUCCUUAACAAACACGCAUUGAAGAAUUGUUGCUCAAAUCAAAACGUGUUGGGUUUUUUCUACUCUCCUCAGGUUGAGGAAUGAUUUUAUAUUAUUUUUCAGUUUUUUUUGACUUUUUUUUUUAUACUUAAUCUCGGAACAGGCUACUCACAAAAAUGAUAAGCUGUGCCUCUGAUGUUCUGCCAUUAAGUUGAAUUGAGCUGAUGAGGAUGGAAAAUCUUCAUCGGGGCAACGCUCACUGUGUCUGGUACCGCUCGUGCUCUUUAUUCUAUUGUGAGACAGUUUAUCACUGUUUAACUCACACUUCGUGACUCUUCCAGCAAAAAAUGUUGAAGAGUACAGUUUGGUUGAAAUGUAACCGAUUUUAACUCAAACUUUAACUUUGAGAAGCUUUCGUCAUGUUGAGCUUUGAAGAGAUUCCUCACCUUGAAAAACACCAGAGGAGAAACAGCACAGACAUUUUCAGAUGGAAACUCUGCCUUUCACUUAUGACCAUUGCAACAGGAAAAUCUCGGGAUCGUUCAGGCGAAGUGUGGCGUCUGGUUAGAACAUGCAGAAAGCAGGACAUGACUGGCAGGACAUAUCAUAUCACCAAAAGCUCUUGAAUCACAUUUUCUUUCCAAGUUCUCAUCUUCAACGGAUUCCUGGGAUAUUCGUCCAGAGCAGCUGACUCACAUACAGCCUCUCUGGAGUCUUUUCGGGGGAAUAUCAGUUCAGUACAUGGCUGAAAGCAGCUUUUGUGUAAAUCACAGUUUUGGGUAAAAUGAGAGCAUUCAGCCUUUUUUUUGUCUGAUCAAACAAACAAUUAUGUAGGAGUGCCUUUUAUUCCAAUGCACUGAAAAUAAGCACUUGUAGAAGUGCUAGAAACAAUUCAAGGUAAUUAUUAAAGAAAUAUUUAUUCAUUAAAUUGUGAUGCACAAGAAACUAACCUUUGGGUUGAAAAAUAUUAAAUCUGUUUUUAAAGAUUACACAAGAGAGGUAUUGGUUUACCUAAAAAGUCUUGUUACCUGCCUCAACAGUUUGUUGUUUGUUAUUUUCGAUAAUCUGUAUUUAAUUGGACAACCAAAACCUUUGCGUAAAAUGCUGUAUACUAUAUGUUGUUAAAAGCUGCAUUAUUUUGUUAUUGUCAUCAAGUAUAUUAGUAGUAUUUAAAAGUGUCGGGAUGAGACAGAAGCAUUUGUACAAGUAACUGCUUAGUUACACCUUUUUACUCUCAACACUCAAAUGUAUUUCCGUGGGUUUCAUGUUUGUUUGUUAAACAAAAUCCAUCUUCACCACAUUUAAUGCAGAUUUGUCAUAUCAAUGACUGUAAAAUUAUCCUACUGUUAUUGUCUUAUUUGAACUGCUUUGUUAUGUGAGAUGUUGAAUAAAAUGCCUUAAUUUUUG